CGUCUGCCCUCGGCAUGGCGCGAGGCGACGGCGCGAGACACCACGCUCCCGGACGAGCCCGCACGCGUUCCCGUGCCGCCGCGAGCCGGUUAUGAUGACGGAGAGAUGGAGAAAUUAUCCGCGAGCGUUUCGGAACUCUCGUGGAGUUCGGUGUCCCUGCCGCUGGACGUGGUCGUCAGCAAAUUCCGCCUGCCGACGCUCGUGAGGCUUAGCCAAGGUGAGAAUGUGGAGGGACUGUCUGAGGAGGAUGUGGUACUGUUACACUCCUGCAGACAGUGGACCACGGUCACCGCCCACUCCCUGGAGGAGGGGCAUUACGUUAUCGGACCCAAGAUUGACAUCCCGCUGCAGUAUCAAGGGAAAUUUAAGUUACUGGAUCAGGACCGCGACGUCCGCGAGCCAGUGCAGUAUUUUGCCAGCGUGGAGGAGAUCGCCGGGACCUUCCCCGAUCGUGUGUUUGUCAUGGAGCCAAUCACGUUCAGCAUGAAGGUGGUGUCGGGCGAGUUCAGCGAGGAUAGCGAGGUGUACAACUUCUCCCUUCAGGCGGGCGACGAGCUGACCCUGAUGGGCCGCACCGAGCUGCUCUGCGUCCAGUCCCCGCGAGACAAGUCCCGCCUGGGUGCCCUGCUGCGCCGUCUGGGCCGGGUGGGCGGAGCCCCGGGCCGGUCGGCUCGCGCCAAGACGCCCUGCCUGAUCUGCAUGAACCACCGCACCAACGAGAGCGUGAGCCUGCCGUUCGGCUGCCGCGGCAGUUUCUGUACGCGCUCGCCGCUGGAGCUGCAGAUGCAGGCAGGCGAGCACACGGUGCGCAGCAUCAUUGAGUGUGUGCGCCUGCCUGUCAAUGUGGCCGUGCCCAGCCGGCCGCCGCGCAACCCGUACGACCGGCACGCCGUGCGCGAGGGCCAGCGCUACAAGCUCCUGAGCAUCAUCAGUAAGACGGUGGUCCUGUGCUGCGUCCUGCGCAAGGACCAGGUGGUCCCGUCGCACUUCCUGCUGCUGGCCGACAUGCCGCGCUUCUCGCUCCCGGACGGGCUGCUGCACGCGGACCCGGCCUUCCAGCGCGUGGCGCUGCGGAGCGCCCUGCGCUGCCGCGAGGCCUUCGACCCGGACGGGUACUCGCGUGCGGUGCGGGAGGCGCGGGCGGAGCUGGCGGAGGAGUGCGCCAGCCCGUGGCACCGAGCUCAGCCGCGCCCGCCGCUCCGGAGGCUGGCGCUGUGCGUGUACGAGGGCGGAGGCGCGGCGCACCCGCCGGCUCCGGGGGAGGCCCGCGCGCCGCCCGCCGAGGGAGAGGGAGAGGAGCGCGAGUACGUCACACCCGACUGGCCCGCGGAGGCCCAGGAGAUCCCUUAUGAGGAGCUGUGGACCAAUCAGAGCGGCGGGAGCUAUGGGGAGGUGCCCGAGAGUGGUGGGAAGGCAGAGCACAACCUCAUAUCCUUCCACUCCACCUCGUCAUUGGACGGCACGGGAGGCUCCGCCCACGUGGCGGUGGUCCAGAUGGAGGCCGAGCGAGCGUCCACUCCGCCCCCUGUCCCCCCCAAGUCAGAAGCUGUGAAGGAGGAGUGUCGCUUCCUUAAUGCCCCCCCCGUUCCACCUCGCUGUGCUAAAGCAGGAGGCCCCGCCCCUAGCCCUCCAGUCCCUCCCCGUUUUCCUAAAGCUCCGCCCACAAGCACACGCAGCCCAAACCUGUCGUAUUACUCCUCGGGCCUGCAUGAGAGCUCCGGUCCUCGUAGUGGGAACAGCUCUCCAUCUCCUGAGUCCUACUCCCUGUACUGUUACCCCUGCACGUGGGCCGACUGCGUGACCCCCGACGCCUCCGCGUCACCCGACCCCAGCCAACCAGCGCAGGUCUGCUGGUCCCGCCCCAGAGGAGGCGUGGCCUUCACCUCCAACGUACUGAACACACCCCUGCUAAGCGCUGACUCUCUCCAAAAGAAUUACUCCGCCUGCCCCCUGUCCCGCCGGGCCGCGCAGAGCCGCUUUGCGCCGUUCGGUGCUCUGAACCCUUUCGCCAACCCUGGCCAUGCCCACGCCUCUUCCGAUUGGCUCGCCACUGGCGAGCCCCAGAACUCCCCUGCUCCAAUACCCGACCUCUGUAGCUCCACCCCUCCGGAGCCUCAAGCCAAUCAGGAAACCCCAGAGGCCGGCGCGGUUCCUGUAUCCAGACCGACAAAGAGCACAGAGGAGGAGGACACCUCCGGUGUGGUCAGGGGCGCCCAGGGCGGCGCCGAGUCGUCGUGGCGACCCCCUGCCGACCUCUGCUGGCUCUCGGUGGAGGAGGUGUCGGCCAGCCUGCGGUUCAUCGGACUGUCGGACGACGUGGUGGGCGUGUUCAGCAGGGAGAGGAUCGACGGCUCCAUCUUCACCCAGCUGACGGAGGAGAUCCUCUCCGACGACUUCAGCCUCACGAAACUACAGGUCAAGAAGGUCAUGCAGUUUAUCAAGGGAUGGAGGCCCAAGAUAUGAGCCGACACACACACUCGCACAAGCGCACGUACAGGCAACGCGAUGGUCACACAGAUACGUUACAAUGUGCCAGAGAGAAGAAGCACAAUACUGUGUGUGUGUGUGUGUGUGUGUGUGUGUGUGUGUGUGUGUGUGUGUGAGAAUGGUAUCAUACUCAUCGCACUGAUAUGUUUUAUAGGUUUGGAGGCUCAGCUGCUAAGGGACACAGUCCCAUCAAACUACUAAACACCAUCACUUGGGUGUGUGUGUGUGUGUGUGUGUGUGUGUGUGUGUGUGUGUGUGUGUGUGUGUGUGUGUGUGAGACAGGCUUCAAAGUUAUCAGCCACUGAAUGUCUCUGAUGCAGUAGCAAUCUAAGUUUUGACAGAAGAGUUUUUAUAUAUUUAAAUAUCACUCAUUCAGCGCAAACCUUCACAGCUACUCCAGAGACGUCCCCAAAUGUCCCUGCUGUAUGGACACUGUGGAAAUAAGGGGACCUUCUGAGGACUACACCUCCUCGAUCAUAAAUGUGUGACAAUAAAUAGUGACUAAUGUAAUUCUGAGCACAAUUUUGCGAUUGUAUGGUGUGACGUUCGGGUGUUCGGUGUUGGGCGGUGCUGAGCAGAGGUGUUGAUCCAGAGUCUUGGACUAACCCUCAUCAUCUGAAGUUGCUGAGCGACGGUUUUACGCAAACUACCUGAUGAAGCCAUGAAACGACAUUUCUGCUCCGUUUUUUAAGCGUUAGACUUAUGAUGACCCACAAUGUGACAACUCUCCAGGUUGCUUGACUUUAAUUGUGUGCGGUUUCAUUUCGUUUUUUUGUUAACUGUAAGUGGACUAGUGACUAGUACCAUAAGACGAAUUUCUCCCCUGCCCCUGGCUGUUGGAAUAGAGUAGCGAGGAUUCAUUUUUUAAGAAGUCAUUUUUUAAAGUCUCAAGUUAGUGGUACGCAGCCAAAAUCAAGGGCGCGUUCACCGAGCUUACUAAUGCACGCGUGCGCGCACACGCACACUGUUUUAAUGGAAUUUCUGCAGUACCACACGCUGACCAGGACGUAAAGCGAUUAUUGAUUCAUUGGCGAGAUCUUAAAAACACUUUAACACUCAACACACAUUUAUUUAUUCCUGAAUAUGGACUCUCGUUCUACUCCGUCACGUGCGUCGACGACGGCCCGCUUCACGCGCGCCGGUGCCAGCAGCGUUCGCGCGCGGGCGCGCGCGACGCCGGAGUUCGUGUGCGUAAAGGACGCUCCAAAAUUCUGUCUGCAACUCCACACACACACACACACACACACACACACACACCCCAACGGAGAGAAAAAAGGUAGAGUGGAUGUCACCCUCGCGCCCGCAAGCACGCUGUAAUUAAGUGACAGUGAUUAAACGCUUACUAACCACAGCUUUUGUGUGCCAGACUGGAGAGUGUGUGUGUGUGUGUGUGUGUGUGUGUGUGUGUGUGUGUGUGUGUGUGUGUGUGUAAUGAGAGGGUUUGGGCAGGCUUCUAUCAGUGUUCCACAGUACGUUCUCAGCACUGGGGAAGCCACAACGGAGUGUUUCGAGUGCAUAAUAUACACGGACACGCGUCGUACUCCGAAUAAUGUUUUAACAGCUACAGUGUUUAUUUCAUUUAUACUGAAAUUUCACCUCCUGUAUGAUUUUAAUCCGUAUGGAUUAGUUUAAAAUAUUAAUAAUUAAAAAAAAGAAACGAAUAAAGAACUCGAUUGUGCUUACUCA